GUGUUCUUUCAUUAUGAAAUCGGUCGCACUAUUUAUACCAUUUAUAUUGACGAGUGCAUUCGCCAUUGGAUUUCAAGAGAUAUAUUCGCGCAGUGUUGGCUCUUCUUGUCCCUUGUAUCGUGACGUCACCAUUGAUUACCGUACUGCUAUAUACGAGUUCGCUACCGAGACGUACAGGGAUGUUGCUACUCGUAGUUUGCACCAUUUUAUAUUUUCCCCUCUGUCCGUGUGGAUAAUGCUCGCAGCGGUGGCGGAGGGCGCGGACCCUUACACAAAGCAACAGCUGUUCCGGCUCCUGAGGCUCCCGAACGACCCCUGCGUUCGUCUAAAGUACUACCAAUUAGCUACAAGUCGAUACCUCCCCGGGUACGAUGUCAGUAUUGUGUCGACGCGUUCCUUGGUCGUGGAUCAAAGCGUCGUUGUAAACCCACACUGGCACGACUUCGUCUCAAAGAACAAUCUCAUCGAUGUAGUGUCAGUCCCAUUUCGCUACGAUCCCGAGGGAUCGCUUAACGCAAUUAGGUAUCUUUCCUCUGUGUCAAGUUUGUCGAAUCUUGACUUGAGUGGCAACUCGGUUUUUGUUGACGUGAUGGACUAUAAUGGAUUGUGGUCGACAGCGUUUUCUGACGCAGUUAUACAGCGGUCGUCGUUCUAUGACUUUUUGGGACAAAAAGUCGGUUCUGUUGAUAUGAUGAAGGUGACGAGACCUGCGAAAAUGGCUUACCUUGCUAGUAUUAAUGCUAAAGUGUUGGAUCUCCCAGUUGGUGUAGAUAAUAGGUAUCGCAUGCUGUUUGCUUUGAUCCUUGACAGCAAUGACUUAGCUGCUAAGAUUCAAAUGAUUAGAAGUACCGUCAUUCUGGAGUAUAUGAGUUCUUCCCGGGAUAGUUACGUACCUGUCGACAUCGCUAUCCCAAGGUUUAAGAUGACAUCUGAGAUAAACGUCAGGCAGAUACUGGAGAACUUAGGAGUCAACAACCUCUGGACAGAUCCAACUGUGACCGGGGAGAUUUCGAGUCCAGCGGCGUUACCGAGUGGCUUCUUGCAGCGGUCUACGAUAACUCUGGACAACCAAGGAGUGAUGCCUUCCCCGCUGUUCAGGGAAGCUCCGUAUAAUCAAACUACGGGAUUGGAAGAAGUAUUAGGAAGGGAUUUUAUCGCAAACCAGCCAUUUUUGUAUGCAGUCUUUGAUACAGAAACAUACACCUGCCUUAUGACUGCCCUUUAUAGUCAACCAACAUACAGUUUUUAAGACCAGCAUAUCAAGCUACUCGGACUUCUUUAAUGGAUUACCAACUUCAUCGUUUUGUUUAUAAGGUCUAAAGUUUGUUGAAGAUGUUUGACUGUUCGGUGUAGUUUUAUGCGCUGGUUUGAGUUCAGACGA